UCUCGCGGUACUUUGAUGUCAUGCACUGAUCGGUCUGCGCAGCGCCGCUUCAAGCCGAACACACCUAUAGCUCCUGCUGCUGUGUAAGCAGAAGAGUAACUCACAGAGCUCAGCGGCAGCCACAUCUUUAUUUAUUUCUGCUCCUCACUGAAAACAUCACACCUGUACUCUUCGGCACAGUACAGCAUCAGCGAAGAACAUAUACAUGAGGUGACAUUUAUCGCAAAACACAACACAAAAGACAGCCUCUCUGUAACUGUAUUGACCCUGUGGAUGUGUGUUAGUCCAGGUGUGUGUGUGCACCUUUUCCCCUUCAAUGGUGGCGGCUCUGACUGACAGCGCAAGUGUUGGCCUCUACUUUUGCCCUGUGGUGUCCCUGUAAGUUUAUCUGAGGGUGUGUGAGAAAAGCAAGCAUCAUGUCGAGGGCUGACAGGGCGAUUAACAGUGAAGCGGGUGACUGGGGAAACAGUGAGGAUGCUGGUGAAAGAGCAUGGCUUUUGCAGAGCCCCAGUGUGGACUCCAUCCAACCACCCAAUCAAUCAGAGGAAAGAAGUGAAGGGACUUCAUCACUCGGGGCUGUUUUUAUUGUGGUUAAUGCUGCUCUGGGAGCUGGACUUCUUAAUUUUCCUGCUGCUUUCAACAUGGCUGGAGGCAUCACAGCCGGAGUGACCCUGCAAAUGUGUAUGAUGGUCUUUAUCAUCACUGGGCUGGUGAUCUUGGCUUAUUGUUCUCAGGUGAGCAAUGAAACAACAUAUCAGGAGGUGAUUCGUGCAGUGUGUGGGAAGGUUCUGGGUGUCAUAUGUGAGCUGGCCAUUGCUGUUUACACAUUUGGCACCUGUAUAGCCUUCCUUAUUAUUAUUGGAGAUCAGUUAGACAAGCUGAUUGGUGCAAUAAAUCAUGAGUCAGAGAAAGCAAUAAGCUCGCACUGGUACACGGAUCGUAAGUUCACCAUCACUUUGACCUCAGUGCUGAUCAUACUGCCUCUGUCCAUACCCAAAGAGAUUGGCUUCCAGAAGUACGCCAGCACCCUGAGUGUUAUUGGCACCUGGUAUGUGACAAUCAUAAUCAUCGUCAAAUACAUCUGGCCCGACAAAGACGUUUCUCCAGGAAUCAUCCCAGUCAGCCCUGCGUCCUGGACCGAUGUGUUCAAUGCCAUGCCAACAAUCUGCUUUGGUUUCCAGUGUCAUGUCAGCAGCGUUCCUGUAUUCAACAGCAUGAAGAAGCCUGAAAUCCGGCCUUGGUGGGCAGUUGUUACAGUCAGCAUGAUCAUCUGCCUCUUUGUGUAUACAGGAACAGGUGUUUGCGGCUUCCUGUCAUUUGGCUCAAGCGUAAGCCAGGAUGUGUUGAUGUCAUAUCCAUCUAAUGACGUUGCGGUGGCCAUUGCUCGAGCCUUUAUCAUCGUCUGUGUUGUUACCUCAUAUCCAAUCCUGCACUUCUGUGGAAGGGCAGUGCUGGAAGGUUUGUGGUUGCGUUUUAAAGGAGAGGUGGUGGAGACAGAUGUAACCAGGGAACGGAGACGAAGGAUACUACAGACACUCGUCUGGUUUUGUCUCACACUGAUUCUUGCUCUCUUCAUUCCUGAUAUAGGACGAGUCAUUUCACUAAUUGGUGGUUUGGCUGCAUGCUUCAUUUUUGUUUUUCCAGGGUUGUGCUUGAUUCAGGCAAAGCUUUCAGAGCAUGACGUCAGAUCAGCCAGUUGGAAGGGAAUCGUGGCCUAUGGGGUUGUUAUGGUUACGAUUGGUGCUUUCAUCUUUGGCCAGACGACUACAAAUGCCAUCUACCAAGAUAUCAUCAAUCAUGCCAACAGCCAAUAGCAGGGGUUGUUGUGACCUCAUGAAUAUGAACCAAUAAAGACAAACUAAAUACAGUGGAAUAAAGAUUGUCCAGAUCAUGUCUACCACUGAGCUCUAUGACGUCUUCAGGAGACUGUUGCAAAUUUCUCAUAUUGUAAAGCGCAGCAGUUCCACAGAAGUUUGCUCCUCUUGAUGUAGUGGAUCACCCACAGCGUGCAGCAUCAAGCUCUGUGCUCUGGCUUUGGUGAAUGGAGGACCCCUGCGACGGAUGCUAUACUUCACUAUUUUCUGAAUGGAUAUUGACAUUGUGUUAAAUCCUCCAGAGUUUGAUCUUCCAAAUAUAGUCUCGUUCUUUUGAAAUGUCAUUUUUGUCCAUUCCCUUUUUUUAAUUUGUAUAUAUUUUUUUAAGAAACUGAUUUUAUGGAGGCCUUAUAUACUUGACAUUGCAAAUGUGGUAAGUGCUCAUAAUGUUUACCCUUAGAAUCUUAUUGCAGACUUUUUUCUUGACGACUUGCACUGCCAAGCAUGUAAUUCUACAGUUCCAUAAGAUCUGAACAGACUAAUAGUGUGUAUGUGUGUGUAUACAUACCACUUUAGACCAGAAGUGACAAUUAUUUAAACUGUAUUUCAGAAAAUUCUUGAUGAAUGAUUUUUACUUUAAUUUGACGUGUUGUUGUUAUUGUUUUAGCUACAUUUUCUGAAUGUGUUUUUCAUUAAGUUGUUGCUAAGGGUGCAAUAAUCUCUGAUUUUAUACGUUCACUGAUACUGGGGUGAGUACAAUGAUGACUAGAUGAAUUUAAGAAUUAUUUUGUUUUUGGAGUUGGGGUGGGGGGGUCUGGUAUUGAAGUGAGUGUGAGAAUGAGAAUUUCUGUAGUAAGUUUCUUUGAACCAUUAAGUUUACCUACGGAAACCAAACAAUUUAAUUGUGUAAGGGUGUUUUCACACCUGUCUUGAUUGGUUCGAUUGAAUCAAACUCAAGUUCACUUCCCCCUUUGGUGCGGAUCUUUUUGGGCAGGUGUGAAUACAGUAGUUGCAUUCGGGUGUGAACCAAACAACCGUACUGAGACCCAGCUGAAGAGGUGAACCAAAUGAACUCUGUUAUGGUUGAAUGGAUAAACCAAUGAAUGGAUGACCUUAAGCACAUGUGUGGUUUUGUUUACAACUUCUGGUUCACUUGCAAAAAGGGCAGUGUGAAAGCGAACUGCACCAAACAAAAACAAACAAAAAAAAAAACAUUGUAGUUGGUCCAGACUAAAGCAAGUGACCUAGCGGACUUUCCUGGUUUGAAUACACCCCUCAGUCACAUUGGUGUGCUGGUGACCCCUUUUAUACCACAUGUUCCAGUUCUCUACUGUGUGUACCUAUAAAAAAAUCCUCAUGGAUUUAAUCAGUAACACUAGAUGCAUAUUUGCUUUCCCACAAUCAUGUAUUAUUGUAUGUUUUACUGUUUCAGUGCAAUCACUAAAGGGAUGUUCAAUGAAAAAUCAACAAA